CCAGCUUUAGUGACAGAAAAGUUGUUUUAACCGUUCAUUCCAAGGAUUUUGACGUCGAUUGAAUAUCAGGCACAUACAGAAACAUCAUAUGGAGAUUAAGGACUUCGGUUCUAUGUGAUUUGAUUAGUAUCAUUCGCCAUGUAAACUGUUUGCAGGGAACGAACCUGACAUCACUUUUCGAGUCUGAGUGAGUCAGCAUCCGAACCUGAGAUAAGAUACCACAGGAAAUUUUGGCAUCAUGAAAAUAAGAAACAAAUUGAAGUUGUGGUAAUCACGUGCCUGGAACUAACACAACGCACGUGUGUAAAAUGUAUUGAUUUCAGAUGUGGCUGUUCUCACAUACCAGUAACUAAUGCCCACUUCAUCCGACAUGGCUGAGGAGCAAAUUGUCAUCGCUAAGUAUGACUACAAGGCGGAGAAUGCUCAAGAACUCGACAUAAAAAAGAAUGAGAAACUUGUUCUUCUGGACGACACUCGGGGCUGGUGGAAAGUCCAAAACAGUCGCAAUAAAUCAGGCUUUGUGCCAUCUAAUUUUGUGAAGCGUUCCAAGACAUCAAAGUUUCUCACGAGUUUGCGCAAUACCCUUGGUCGAAAAAAUAAAGGGGAGGGCAAAGUAACAGUUACAAGUCCCAUGGUAAGUCGAAAUGGUGAUACAGGAAGUGACCAAAACAGUACUAGUAGUGACGUUCAAAUAUGUGACCCUUCCCCAGCCAUAUCAAAGUUUACAUAUGCCGCACAGCAACCAGAUGAACUGUCGCUUACAAAAGGUGAAAGAGUGAUGGUUUUAGAAAAAUCUUCCGAUGGCUGGUGGAAAGGUAGGAAAGCAGAUAAUAUAACAACAGGGUGGUUUCCAUCGAAUUAUGUUGAUUUAGAACAGUCAGAAAAUGAUGGGACCAUGUACACUUCGGCUGCUGCUCUGGAAUGCCCCCAACCUCCACUUCCAGAACCAGAUACACAAGAAACUGUCACUACGAUAUGUCCCUUCAAUAGUACAAAUCCGGAGGAACUUAGUUUUGAAAAAGGUGAAAGGUUAGUGAUCAUAGAAAAGCCUUCUGUUGAUCCGGAGUGGUGGAAGGCACGAAAUGGGCGUGGGGAGGCAGGUCUUGUGCCACGGAAUUACGUACAGACUGUUGAGGACAGUGAGGGAGAAACCGCCACAAACACAAGCUCGUGUACACCGCAGUCCCAAUCCACAAGUAGUCUAUCCAACGCCUCAAAUCUGAGUGUUGUUGGCAAUAGGAAACAAUUCCGUGUAUCUGGUCCCAUGGCAGAGAAAGACUGGUACUAUGGUAAAAUUACUCGGCAAGAAUGUGAGGAUGUGUUGAAAAAGUUUGCAGAUGAAGGAGAUUUUCUUAUCCGUGAUAGUGAAUCUGCCGCUGGGAACUUUACUGUGGUGUUAAAAGCAAGUGAAAGAAAUAAACACUUUCGUGUUCAAGUGAAUGACAACUUGUACCAGAUCGGCCAACAGAAAUUUAGCUCUCUGGACGAGUUGAUAGAGCAUUAUAAAAGACAUCCAAUAUUCAAGCAAGAAAAUGAAAAACUCUACCUUGUCAAAGCAUUUGUGUAUCCCUCAGAGUUCUAACGGUACCCUAUAGGGGGGUGGGGACAUUCAAUUGUGUGGAAGCUUUCAUCCCUUUGGAGUUGUUACUCUUUUGGAAUGAGAGGCUAUUGUAUUAAUUGUGUCAGACCUUUCAUCCCAUCAUUAAUCAUGUGCACACAGUGAAGGUAACAGUCAUAUCAUUCUCCAUGUGUUUGUGUUUAGCACCUACAUAAGGAUCUAGUUUACUUAUAUAUACAAUAUUUAUCUUCAUAGAAAAGUUUCACUUUCUAAAUAGAAGAUUAUUAAGAAGCGUGUUCAGGAUUCUGGAUAAGCUUGAAAUUGUUUACCCGAGUACUCAAAUUAGUGAUGUCAGACUUUUUGGAUUAAUUGAAUUUCGAAGUUUCAGAUGAUGUUCUGGUUUUUGGCAAACGGAUAAAGUUCUAGAAAGUGAAUACUCCCAUCUAUAAGUAGAUUGUUGUGAAAUCAAUUUUAACAUUGAUUACAAAAGAAACAUGAAAAUGGGAAUACAUGGUUAAAAGGGUCCUGUAGAGAUGUGAUUCAUUGUUGUCUUUGUGCCUGGUAAACAAAUCAAGAAAAUUAAAAGAAACUUUAUUUAGGUCAUUAUCAUUAGAAUUUAGUUUUUUGUCAUUUUUUUAAAACAAGUUUUACAUAAGCAUUGUUUAGUGUCACAGUGUUUACCCAUGUUUUAGAUUACACCAUAGUUCUAAAGCUUCUUGCCUAAUUAAGCUGCCUUCAUACAAAAAAAUCUAUCAUAUUUUGGUAAUUGAAUUUCUUGUGCUUUUUCCUCAAAUUAGAUCAAAUCAUUUAGAACAGAUUGCAA